UGUGUUUAGUAUUUUUGUAGUAUUUUCGUAAAUGAACGGCCAUACUUUGUGAGCAUUUUGGCGCAUUUUCACAUAAAUUUUAUUCGCGAAAGAAAAUUUAAUUUUUGGAAAAUAUGUCGACGUUGGAAUUGUGCGAGAAGUACUUUGAAACACGAGAUGUGUACAAGCUAAUGAGUCUCCAGAAGGAUGCCAAAGAGAAAGAGAUUAAGAAGGCAUACCACAAGCUGUCACUUCUGGUUCACCCAGACCGUGUGCCGGACGACCAAAAGGAGGAAUCGACGGAAAAGUUCAAGGUGCUGUCGAAGAUCUACCAGGUGCUGACGGACACUCAGAAGCGGGCAUUGUACGAUGAACAAGGUGUCAUCGAUGACGAUGACGAUGCGGAAGGCAAGCUGUCCUCAUGGCUGGAGUUGUGGAGCAAAAUAUUCAAGCCAAUCUCCGAGGAGGAUAUCAACAACUACGAGAAAGAGUAUGUGGAGUCGGAGCUGGAGCGCACUGACAUCAAGAAGGCCUACCUGGGCGGCAAGGGCUGCAUAAACUACCUCAUGAAUCAUGUCCCCUUCAUGAAGGUUGAGGACGAGCCGCGCAUCAAAGUGAUUGUGGAGGCCAUGAUUGCUGCCGAAGAGGUUCCUGAAUAUAAGAUCUUCACGGAAGAGCCAUCGGCCAAGCGCAAGAAGCGGCACAACAAGUACGCGCGUGAGUUUAAAGAGGCCGCUGUCAUCAAGGAACGCAUUCAGCGGCGCCAGCAGCAGAAAGACGAAGAAGAUCUGGAGGCCUCCGGUGGAAAUCUGCAGCAGAUGAUACUCGCACGCAAAAAUCACCGCGAAUCCAACUACAAUUCUCUCAUGGACCGUCUGCUGGAGAAAUAUGGUGGCGAGGACGACUCUCAGUCUGUGGACUUUGGCUCCUUUGAGAAGAAAAAGAAGUCCAAGUCAAAGAAAUCGUCGAAGCCCAACGCCAAAGAGAAGCUCAAAAGCGUUAGGUCCGGCCGAGUAGAAAAGACAAAGAACUAAGCCGCACUUGAAUAUUUCAUAAAUAUACAACAUAUUCGUAUUCCUCAUAAAUAUUUGUAUAAUGUAGUUUAAGUUUA